AUGACCGAUCUUGCAACACUUAUCAACAGCCGAACUUACAACAUUGUUCUUGAAUCCAGUACACUGACUUGUUCUUUCCAUCGACAUAUAAGGAAAUUAGAGAGAGAGUUCAUUAAAAACACAAAGUCACAUACAGCAGGAAGUAUACGUGUAUCCCCACCAGAAGUUAACGAGUCUAGUAGUGACGAAAUAUUAGCAUGGCGAUUAAGGAUGAAAAGGAACCAGGAAAGAAGGAACCGUGUUGAAUACACAGACCAAGAAAUAGAUAAUCUUAUAGAGGGCAUUGAAACAUUAGGAAGUAAAUGGAACCAAAUUCUUCUUACCUACAAAUUCCACCCUUCCAGAACCUCUGUAGAUCUCAGAGACAAAUACAAGAGUUUGAUAAAUGGUGAUUGA